AUGUUAUCGACUUCUGUACUUGUAGCAGCUUUCGGACGGUUUUCAGCACUCAUCGUCGAACGGCUUCGCUUUUCUCUACAGAAGAACGCUGUUGGUUUUGGGGUCCUCCUCAUCCACGAGAGCACGGACUGCAACUUAAACACUCCUCCAGCUGGUGCAACAGGAAAGGCCCGUCACUUCUACGUCGCGCGCAUCGGCCAUCCAGGGGAGGCUGGAGCGAAGCCACUGACAGUGAUCGAAGGCUCCAAGAAGGGGAAGUUCAGCACCAUCGUACUCCGGGGUGGUGGGCAUCACCCCGACGCGGCACAUUUCCUUGCAAAGGCGAAGAAGGUUCUGCGCUGGGCUGUGCGCCUGGCUCGGCACCUGCAGCUGGAGAGUGAACUUCUCUUUGAGAUGUGGUGCAGCCGAUGGAAGCGAGAGGUCAGCCAUGCGAGAGAAGGCGGUCAGCCAGAGUUUGAGAACCUCGACAUCUUGUACUACAGUGUCAACCGGGACAAGAGUUGCAACGCUCUCUUCCGCUGCCGCUUUCCGCCCUACCACAGCCAGGACGAAGAGGCUUCGAGCACCGAACGUGAGAUUGUGACAAUGCGCGACUGCACCGUCCGCGAAUGGCUGGAGUCGUGCCUGAAGCGACCUCAGGCGCAGACCCCCGCACCUUCAGCAACGGCGGCUCUCUCCACUGAGGAUGCCGUCCUGACAGCAAACAUGAACACCAUCGGGAACUUCCUUCGCGAAGGAGUACGAAGUGACGGGGCUUCCACGGACCCACCUCUGCCUGAGUUGGGCAAGGUGCUCUGCUUUCAGCGGCUGCGCAGCCGUGUCGUCGUCGAGCUCCUCGAGAGCAGCGAGGAGUUACCCAGUUAUUGCUCCUCGCAUGCGCAUCGCAUAUUGCUGAUGGCUUGUCAGAAGCGAUCUGACGUCUGCGGAGCUGGUGUGCUGGAGCGGGGGCGGCUGAGGUCCAUGCCGGGCGACCUGCGAAGUACAGAGACAGGGCCAACCUUCACGCGUUGGUCGGCGUUGCAGAAGCCCGGGGAGCAGGUGGAGUCCUGCAGCUCUCAGAUCCAAGCGGAGGAUCCGUCGGGCUCUUCGCCUUCCUUCGAGCGGAAAUCCGGGGACAAAGAGCCCCGGCUGACCCUGGAGCUCUGGCGAUUCUGCCGGAAGUGCAGCUGUCAGGUCACUCCUCGGAGCGCCCUUUCCGAGUCGGCCAGCUGGCACUCCAUGUCCAAAUUCCUGGACAUUCUCUUGCACAACACCACGUCCGAAUUUUCACCUCUGGCAUCCAAGUUGCUGCCCACCCCGCCUGGGACUCCCUGCACACACGUCCCGUUUCGAGACCACAUCCUCUUCUGCGGCAGUCCGGAGCGGCCCACAUUGUUCUUGGGAUUUAAGUGGGAGGCCGUGCUGCUAUGGCAGCUGAACAGCCCCCAUGCACCUCUCUGGGAUGCGGCGACGGGGCUGUUCCUUCCGGCGCCAGCCACGGACGGCCAGGAGAAGCCGAACGGCGAGGAGCAGGGCGGCCCGGCGGAGGGCGCAGACUCGGUGCCGGCAGCCCCAGAGCAGCUCUGCACGGUGCUGGUCGAGCUGGAGGCGUUGCAGGAGCGCAUUGCAGAGUUCAUCCGGAGCGUGUUGAUCUGCCUCUCCACCAUCGAGUCCGAGGACAGCAGAAACAAGGACACCUCGGCAAACAGUUCGAGCCCAGUGCCGGAGGAUUCGGUGCUCAGCUACGAAGAUGAGGACAAGGAAGCACUCGACCUGGCGAACAUGCGACGCUGGCUCAUUCAGAACAAGACGGGCUGGCACCGUGUAAUGGUGAACCUGAACGAGUUUCAUGAGGAUCUCAGCAAGCGGCUGAAGGCUGUGAACGACAGCCUUCGCCCACUCGGGGCAUUACCGCCCCUCAAGCUCAGUGAUCCUGUUCUUGCAAGCACCCUUUGCCGGAACCUGAUGGACUCCUUCCGAGAAGGCCCGAUGGCGAAAAAGAUCACGCAGACUUGCGAGGAUCUUGCGGCGCUCCAGAAGCUUCAGUCGGAAGGAGGAGAGGACAAAAGCAAGGACGCCGGCUUCCAGGUGCCCUUGCCAGCUGUGCUAUCCUCCUUCGUGACGACGGCGAAGGAGACCUACAAGCGCUUCUGGCCGCCUGAGGCACACGACAUGCUUCCGGCGAAGAUUCCCGAGCCAGAGGGCGUCCAAAGCGCAACUUUAGCGGUGCAGAGGUCUCGGGCCAAAACUGGGCACCAAGACGAGGAGCGAUCUAUUCCGUUGCGGCGAUCCCGCUCGGUCGAGGCCAGGCAGAAGACGCCAGGCGGCCGUAUGAAGCGUCAGGACAGCGAGACGGGACCCUCCGCCUUGCCGAAUCAUCUGAAUCAGGUCACUGCAGCCUUCACUGCCGCUGUGGAGACCCGAAGCAGCCAAGUUACGACCCUGCAGCGCUGUGUUCAUGGCAUCUCCUUGUCGGUAAGCUUUGAGGACGUCGGCUCGCUCAUCGCGUACGCGCUCCUGAGUGAGAAGGCGGCGGAGCAGAUGUCUUCCCAGUGGACUGCACUGUGGGGCAAGUCCCAUUGCCCCCUGGCCGACGCUGGCACGGACUGCUGUUUUCGGUCCUUUCCCAGCUGCCUCCCACGGAGACCUCCUCCCCAGAGCAGGCCCUCGCCUGUCUCGGGCCGCACAAGUGCUCCAGAGGCUCGCCCGACUCUUUCGGAUUCGGCCAUGGGGGUGCUCAAGGACAAGAGAUGGAAGAGGCCUCAGGACCUGCCCAAUGCGAUUCGCUAUUCUUGGGAGCAGGACAUGGACAAUGCCGGACUUCGGACCAUCCUCAACACUCCAGUGCUCAAAGAGCCUGUGAAGGUAGAUUUCGAGGACAAGCAGGCAAAGUACCACGUGGCCAUCCAUUUUGCCCCCCACUACCAUGCACUGCGCCAUUGGAUCUGUGGCGACGAUCUGAAUUUCGUCCGAUCCUUGCAGCAUUGUAAUCCGAUUCAGACAUCUGGCGGAAAGUCUCGUGCCACUUUUCUCAUGUCCCACGACAAGCGGUUCCUCCUCAAAGCCAUCAACGAGUCUGAGUUCAAGAAGCUGAACAGCGAGGCCGAAAACCUCUUCUGGUACUUCGACAAGGUGCUUUUCGACAAGUGGCCCUCGGUGCUGACGCAGGUUAUCGGGCUCUUCUCUGUCUCGGCAACCAAAAAAUCGCAAAAUUACAAGGGCUAUUAUGUGGUGCAGCAGAACCUUCGAUAUAGCCUUCGUGGCACCUGGGCCUUCAUCUUCGAUCUCAAGGGCACUGGAAAGAAUCGCCGUGUCCAAGCCACGGAUCUCGGGGAGGAGCCGGAAGCCCAGGAGUCUCCAAGCGGCAGCAGGGCCCCUGAGGAUGAGAACACGGAGCGCGACAGGGCGGGAAAGGUGUUUUGGGACCAGAACUUUCGGGAGUGGACUAAAGGCAAGCCGCUGUGCCUUGUGCCCUCUGACCUUACAUACCUGGAAGCUGCAAUCUUCAACGACACCACGCUUCUCUCGACCCGGGAUUUGAUGGACUAUUCCCUGCUUCUGGCAGCGGUCCCCCCAGAGCCGGGGGCAACUGCGGGCCGCUUGAUCUUGGGCAUGAUCGACUAUCUCCGUGCCUUCACCAUUGACAAGAAGGUUGAAAGUGCCGUGAAGACUGCACUGGCGCCGACGCCGUCGGAGCAGCCCACAAUCAUCGCUCCCAAGGACUAUGCCGCUCGCUUCAUGCGAGCAAUGAGCACCUACUUCGUGGCAGACUGCCCAGAGAGAUGA